UCUUUACCUCAUCCAAACUCACCAGUGUUUCUUCUACUAGGCAGCAGCAGCAGGAGGGUUCUUCCAUCAUGGGUUCUCGGCUGGUUCUUUUCGGUGCUCUCGCUCUGCUCCUGGCCGGCAGCUUCGGUGCGGCCCAGGCGGCGCCGGCCGUAGUGGUUGGCUCCGUCAAGUGCCUGGAUUGCUCCCCCGACGACGUCAGUGCUGAAGAUGCCCUCAAAGGGCUCCAGGUAGCCAUCAAGUGCAGGUCCGGCGCCGGCGAGACCUACGAGACGCAGACGGUCGGGCAGCUCGACGACAAGGGCGCCUUCAGCAUCCCCCUCCAGGCAGGCCUCCUGCGCGAAGACGGCGAGCUGGACCGCGACUGCUUCGCCCAGCUCCACAGCGCGCCCGACACGCCGUGCGACGGGCCGGCGCCGCCCAGGAUCGCCCCAGCCAAGUCCACCACCCAAGGUGUCGCCGACGCCGCCAACACCUACCUCGCGGUCGCCGAGGACACGGUUUUCUCGCCGGUCGCGUGCGCGUGCAAGAAGAAGAAGAAGCACUUCAUGGUCGGCCCGCCGCCGCCGCCCCCGCCGAGGCCGGAGCCCUCAUACGGUACCCCGACGCCGACGCCGACGCCCACUCCCACGCCGUCCUACGGUCCUCCUUCGACGCCCAAGCCGCCCGCGCCCGAGGACGACCCGAAGCCGUUCUUCCACAAGCACCCCAAGAUGAAGAAGAUGAUGCACAAGAAGAAGCCGUGCCCGCCGCUCGGGGAGGAGGACAAGCCCAAGAACUGACCUGCCCUGCCGCGACACAUGCAGCGGCGGCUCGCUCACUUGCCCAUGGAGUGGCAUUACAGCAAGGAGGGGGCGUCACGCGCUACGACAUUUGGAGAUCGAUAUGUUUGUGUUGUUUGUUGAUUCAGUUGUCAUGUUGCUUGUUGGUUGUUUUGUUUAGUUCCGCCAUCGUGCUGGCAUUGGUGUUUUAGUUCGCUGCUCGUUCGUGGAAUAAAGAAAAUGGUAUCAUCUGUGGCA